GCUGUGAGGAAUGGCUAUGGAAGAUCCUGAGAGGAAGACUGAAGUGGUGCUGCUGGCCUGUGGGUCCUUCAACCCCAUCACCAACAUGCACCUGAGGCUGUUUGAGCUGGCUAAAGACUAUUUCCAUGAAACAGGAAAAUACAAAGUAAUCAAGGGCAUCAUUUCACCAGUGGGUGAUGCAUAUAAGAAGAAAGGUCUGAUCAGUGCAAAUCACCGAGUGACAAUGGCAAAACUGGCUACAAAAAACUCGGAUUGGGUGGAAGUUGAUGAUUGGGAAAGCAGCCAGAGUGAGUGGUUGGAAACACUAAAAGUUUUAAGGUAUCAUCAUCAAAAGCUUUUACCUCCUGAUGCCACUAACAGCCUGGAGGAUGCUGUGCCCUUACCAAAGCUGGGACGAAAGAGGAAACAGGAACCAAACAGGCACGAACCCGUUAAAAAGAAAAAUCGGAGUCCAGAUAUAAACAGUGUCCCCCAGGUUAAACUGCUCUGUGGAAGCGACAUGCUGGAGUCUUUUGGGAUCCCCAAUCUGUGGAAGCUGGAGGACAUCACUGAAAUUGUGGAGAAGCACGGCCUGGUGUGCAUCAGCAGGGCUGGGAACAACGCUCAGAAGUUCAUCUACGAAUCUGAUAUUUUGUGGAGGCACAGGAACAACAUUCACCUGGUGGAGGAGUGGAUCCCAAACGACAUCUCCUCCACCAAGAUCCGCAGGGCCCUGCGGAGGGGGCAGAGCAUCCGCUACCUGGUGCCCGAUGUGGUUCGAGCUUACAUCGAGAAGAACAACCUGUACAGCCCCGAGAGUGAGGACAGGAAUGCUGGGGUGGACUUGGCUCCCUUACAGAAAAAUGCAAGUGACAACAAGAACUAACAGGCACUGAACAACUAACUCACUGUCUGCUGGAAAAAAGCUACAGUUCGGUGCAGGAGAGUGUUUUCUAGGGGUUGGUUCAUUUUUUUUCAGUACAGUGUGCUAAUUCCGUGGUUUUAGUACAUCUGUAGUUGCUGUUGAGGUUUGGUGCACUCAAUGAUUGGACUUCCACAAUCUUUUUCAAGUCCCAUAGUAAGAUUUAAACAUUUAAACAUUUAGUCACAGUGCACUGAAGUGAGUAGAAGAAUCCACACCGGCAUAUGAGAAUUGCAAAUUAAUAAGCAAAACAAAUGAAAAUGUUCUGAUUGGUUUUAAUUCGAGCUGCUCCGACUGCUAUUUAUAAAAUACUAACACAAAUAUUUUUGAUAACUUACAGCAUCUUAACAAAGCUAUUUAAUUUCUAAGGUACCAUUUACUGGUAGUAAAUCUGUGGAGCUGUAAUUGCCAACAUGUGGUUCAUCUUAAAGAAAUUAUUUAGCUCUGUUCUGGCAGGGACAAAUUUCCUCCUGGCUGAAGUGGUGCUAGGUACAGCCUGCUUGGAGCUGCCUGAUUUUCAAAUAUGCAACUGCUUGUUUGCCAUCAUGCAAUUUGCUCCCAGAAAUGUCUUGUGCUUCACUCUUCUAUUCAUGUUUCCAGGGCUGUAGUGAAGCUCAGGAUUGUUUCUGAUGGAAGGACAAACCGACCUCAGAAACUGAUUUAUAGCCACUGAUUUGAUAGAUAGAAAUUAAUAAUAGUGCCAUUGCACUGAUUCUCAGACGGUUGUCCCUUUAUUACAAAUAAUAAAUUUCUUUCAAAUAAUAAAAUAUCUUUUAUGUUUGAGCCAUGAGGACAAUAUAAUGGUAUAUAGCCAGAAUUGUUUUCUGUUACUGCAGUUGAGAGGAAAUGGUAGGAAAUUAGUACUGUACAUAAGUGAAAUGUUCUUCUUUGCUAGAAAUCUGGGUUUGAAUCUAACAGUGUAUUGCCUGUAUUAUGUGAAUAUAAGCUGGAGAGGCACUGUGAAUGAUGUGGUGAUAGAAUUCUACCUCCCUUUAUUUGCUGCCAUCCCAUUUUUGUUUGGAUUAUGUGCCUUAUUACAAAUGUCAAGGCUUCCAAGCCACUCUCUCAUGGGUCAGCAGCUCUUUCAUAGCUCUCCACAAGAUGACUCUGGUCACCUUUUCCAGAUGAACAAAUCCAGCCCAGUGUGAGCCUCUCAGGGCAGGAGGCCAAGAUGCUCUUGGGCAAGUCUAGAACCAGGGACACGUUCCAGGGUCAUAACUGUGACAAGCCAUCACCCUCCCCCCUGGGCAGGACAUCCCCAGGGAGCUGAGGCAGAGGUCUGGGCUUCCCUCAGAGCUCAGGGGGAGUCUGGGAGACAGAAGGCAAAUACAGAACAUUGGGGGUGGCCCUAGGCCCUGUGAGGCUUGUCUAAAGCCCAGCAGGGGAGCUGGGACACUGCUGGGAAAACCUGUGUCCUGCAGUGGAGCUGGCACUAAACAUGCAAACUGGGAGCCCCACGUGAAAUUCUGUGUUUACCAGACAACAGAACAUCUGUGUUCUGCUGGUUCCAGCCUGCAAAGAUGGAAGAAUCCACAAAGAGAUUGGUGUAAUAAAAUCAAGUCACACCCUAGGAGUGCAUCUGUGACAGAAAGUAGCACCAAGGAUUCUUAGGGUUGUAUUUUUGGUGAUUCCUCCUUAAAUGUGCUGGCUGCCAUUUCUUCCCCUGGAGCUCAGGCAAGUUUUCCCUGUCCUUUGGUGAUGAGGUUGGGUUCUUUUAACCUCAGUACUAAUAAAGGAAGGAUAAAUGAUGCCCCUGUGAUACCUCAGCAAUCCAACUGCCUGAGCUGACUGCAGACAACUGAUGGGGCCUGGGAAAGGGCCCAUCUCCUUUCCUCUCUUGCUCACUGUCUGUCUUUAGGACUGAUGAGAACAGAGGGCAGGAAGGAGUUACUUUGAGCCCUCAAGUCAACCAGUGUGCUGCUGAAUAAACAGAGCAGAUCCUGAUGGGACAGCACCCUGUUGAGGUGGUCAUUUUUCAGAGUAAAACUGCACUUUAGGUUUAUUCUUCUUAAUAAUGAUGCUGGUGUGUGUUGGUGCUCUUUGUGUAAUUGUAGAGAAACUGCAAAUUCAGGAGGAUUUUUUAUAAAGCUUUGGUCUUCAGUUUUAUUUUGCUGGAGUUUAAUGUGUGGUGAGUCCUUCAAUAAAAUAAAUUGCAUGUAAUAUGCUAA